UUACACCUUUACUCAUGUUUUCUUCACAAAUGCAUACAUGAGAGUGGCAUCAGUGUGACUGGGGAUGCUGGAGUGUUGCUCUUCCUGGGUCUGGACAGGUCAUGGUAAAAUACCUGAUGGAAUUUAAAAAAGAAACGGGGACUUGUUCAGCUUAGCGGAAGAGACCAGCACGCCUGCAAACUGCCAUCGAGACCUGGACCCGGAGAGGAGUUGAGCUGUGGUGUUGAGUUUCAGUGCAAGGGGAGAUUCCUGCAUGACAGGCUGGAACGGGUCAUCUUACACAGACAUGAAUAUAAGAAAAGGACUUUGAUAAGACUUUGAUGAGAAAUACCUCAUUCACUGUGGAACAGGCUGGAUUUUAACCUUGGAUUAAUGUAAUCUGUGAGGAAAACCAAAACAAGAAGCUCAUGGAAACAGAAUUGUACUGGAAGAAAGUUUGGCUCUCAUGUUUUGCCCCAGCUGAAAAGUGGAAGAAGAACAGCUCAUCUGUUUUUUGUUCCUAUAUGCUUUUUGAGGAGCAAACAACCAUCUGAGUCCUUCUACGAUGGAGAACGCCGUCCUGGAGCCCAGAUCAGAGCGGAUUGCCCGCUACAAGGCUGAGAGGAGGCGAGAACUGGCCGAACGCUAUGGCAGCAUUGACGAGCUUCCUUCUAAGUGGGUGAGAAGGGAUGAGAAAAAGGUUCAUGAGCCAGCGAGCCAAGCGCAUGGAGGAAUGUUAAGCUCCCAUGAUCUGAGUGAAAAAGUGAACAGCAGAACACAGGAUGUUACAAAUGGAUUAGGGACUCCUGCUGAGCCCGACUGCCUGAGAAGGUGCUUGGAUCCAGAGAAUGAGGAAAACAGCAAAGCAGAUGUAAAAACAGAUGACAGAGCCAAAAUGAGUGUGGCAGCCAAGAUGUCUCUGUUUAAAGAGCUGGAGAAGUCUUCAGCCUCCGAGGCCUCGGCCUUCCUCAAGCCUCGCUCAGGCUGCGUCUCUCAUGAACGCAGGAGCCGGCGUGGCAACGACCAUCGCUUUCUGACACAGCCAAUCACCUGUGGAGAAAUAGUGGCAAUCAGCACUCCUAAACCACCACCACCAGUGGAGGUCCAGUCUGUGCAGGCUGAGUCAGAGGAGGAUGGCGAUGAGAGCUGCAAGCUGAGCAUGAGCGAGAAGCUGGCCCUCUUCAACAAACUGUCCCUGCCUGGGAGGGAGGGAGCCGGGCCUGCUGACGGGCCCCCAGAGAGACGAAGGCAAAAGGGGGCUCGGUACCGCACGCAGCCCAUCACUGUGGAGGAGGUCAGUCUGCUCCAGAAAGGCCCUGUUCAGCUUCCUGCCCUCUGUUUGUCCCCUCAUCUGUCCGACAGACAGCAGGCCUCGUCUGUCAACCUGAAACCCAGUGAGGUACUUCUUUCACAGUCCACAUCAGAUGCUGACACUGGACUCGGAAAAUCUGGUCCGACUCAACAGGGACCACAGUGCUACGACUCUGAGCCAGGCUUAAAAGGAAUCCUGAAGAAGAGCCGCUCUGCAGGCUCGGAGUGGAGCAGGACAGAAGCCAGUCAGGUAGACGCAUCACACAGCCACGAACAGAAUGGUGGAGGCUGUAGAGAAGCGGCGAUACACGGGAGCAAAGCCGAAGGUGAGAGGGAGGGAACUUCUGCAGCACCACAGAGAGAGAGACAAGAGGCUUCUGGUAUGGAGGAAGGUUCGCAGUCUGCUGCUCCCUGGAGGCAGAGGGCUAGAAACAGGAGGGAAACCAUUGCCUGCACACCAAUAAGAGCCUUGCCAGAACAGGAUGUUCAACAGCAGGAGAGGUCCUGCCAGUUCAAACAUGAACUGAGCUUUUCCUCUGAGAAAAACAGCGUAGACAUCAAUGGAAGAGCCAAGCAGGAGGAAGACCUAAAGGCCAUGAACAAGAUCCAUGACAACACCACAGAUAUUAAAGCUGUCCGGGUCACCUCAGAAGAGUGUGCGCCUAAACUGCAGGAGACAACCAACGGUAGCAGAAGUGAGUAUCAUGUGCAGGAAGAGUCAGAAAACCCUCAUCUUGAGAAUGCCAACCUUCAGUGCUGGACUAACCUCUCCUUUGAGGCACAAGAAGUCUCCUCUCCUACGAGCAAUCAGAGUCAGCCUCAGUGGAGACAUAAGGAUAAAGGAACUGAGAUUCAGAUGACUGAAUUUGGAGAAUUGAAAACACAGCAGGAAAGCAAAGAGCAGGAGGCUGGAAGCACGGCUAAGACAAGCCAUGUAUCUGGUGAAUCACAGAGAAAUGGUAUCGCUCACAACAGGAGACACUCCACUGAUGCUCCAUCAUGCAAAAAUGAAGUGACUCCACAGAGUUCUUCACCAACAGUCACUACUCAGGAGGUAAAGGAAGAGAUGCCUGUUGGCAGUUUCUACAGUGAGCAGUCACCUCCUUCAGCCUGCCCCCCAGCUUGUGGUGGGAUUGCUGCCUCAGAGGGUGAGCAGGACCUGGGAGUCUUCUGCCAGACCAACACACCCAUAUUGACCUCAGCAGUAGCAGAGCACAGGCGGUCGGUACGUCCGUCCCGUCGGACUCAAGGCUCCAGAAACCCUCUGAGGGCUCUUGCAGCCAGAGAGGACAUCAGGCAGGACUUCAUGGGGGAGAGAGUCAAUUCAUCGGCUCAGGAGAGGAUCCAAGCAGAAAAAAAGUCUAAGAACUCGUCUAUGGCAGACUCACCUCCCUUAAGAUCUGAAGAAUCCUCCUUAGAUGCCGAGACAGCUAAGUCUUACCCACCCUUCAGCAGCCUGAUGCUAAUUCACAUCAAAGGUAGGCGGCAUGUUCAGGUCCGCCUGGUUGAGCCCUCAGUGCGGUCACUGAACAGCGGAGACUGCUUCCUGCUGGUCACUCCAGAGCACUGCAUCCUGUGGAGUGGAGAGUUUGCCAACGGACAAGAAAAAGCAAAGGCCUCUGAGCUGGCUUUGUUCAUCCAGAGCCAAAGGGACCUUGGUUGUUUGGCUACCCAAGUUGUCCACCUGGAGGAGGGCAUGAACUCUGACAGCAGUGUGGCUGCAGACUUCUGGAGUCUGCUGGGAGGAAGAACACAGUACAGAGGAGCUGGUGCUCCAGAGGAGGAUGAGCUCUAUGAGCGCGGUGUGGUGGAGUCCAACUGUGUGUACAGGCUGGUGGAAAACAAACUGGUGCCUCAUGAACAGGCUUGGGCCUCCAUCCCCAGCAUAACCCUGUUGGUCUCCUCUGAGGCCCUGGUGUUUGAUUUCGGCAGUGAGGUCUAUCUGUGGCUCGGACAGGAUGUUUCCCUCAGGAGGAGAAAUGUUGCUCUCCAGUUGACUCACCAGGUGUGGGUUGGAGCUUAUGACUACAGCAACUGUCAAGUAAACCCACUGGAUCCCACUCAGUGUAACCCUGCAAUUCAGCUACGAGGAGAAGGCCGUCCCAGCUGGGCUCUGUUCGGCGUCCUCACUGAGAGCAACGAGACGGCUCUGUUCAGGGAGAAGUUCCUGGACUGGAUGUGCAGGGUUGGAGGCAGAGAGGAAGCGGCUUCAGGGACGGAUCAGACGCAGUCCAUCCCAGUCCAGUCAUCCCAGCCGCUCUCCCCUCCUUCAGACCUCUUGAGUCCCUGCGAUGCCAAAGCUCUAGUAUCGGGUCAGUGCUUAGAAGGUGACGGUUUGGUCCGUGCUGUGCUGGCUGGGGUCGAUGUCCAGAGAGGUCAUGGUGUCAUCAUGCUGACGGAGGAACGUCAGAUGGAGCUUAAAACAGUAGCGGUGGACACCUGGCACGUCCAGGAGUUUGACGACAGUGAAAUCCCAGUGGAGAGCAACGGACAGCUUUAUGAAGGAGACUCUUAUGUAAUCCGCUGGAAGUACAGCAUCAGUACAGCUGACAGCCCAGACAGCUCAGAUGAGUGUGGGACAGAUCCAGCACCAAAGGAAAAGACGGCCUUCUUCCUGUGGCGAGGCCGUCACUCCAGUGUCAGUGGACGGGACACAGCUGCUUUCCUUUCCAUCGGGAUGAGGAACCUCGAAGAGUCGCAGGUGGUUGUGCCUCAGGGAAAAGAACCGCCCUGUUUCCUGCAGCUUUUCAAGGGAGGCUUGGUCAUUCACAAAGGAAAGCAAGAGGAAGCUUCCAUCAACACAGAAAGCUGGCGUCUGUUUUGUGUGCGAGGGGAGCUCCCAGAAGAGGCUUUUCUGUUAGAGGUGGACUGCUGCUGUGCGGGUCUGAGGUCGAGAGGCUGUGUUGUCCUGCUAAAUGGCCAGCAGGGAGUGCUCUAUCUCUGGAUUGGUUGUAAGGCUCACAGCAGCACAAAGGAAGUCGGCAAGAGGGUGGUGGAGGUCCUCACUAAAAUCUGUCCAUCAGAGGUGGGUUUAAGCAAAAGCAGCCCUGUAAAGGUGCAGAUAGUACAGGAAGGUUCAGAGCCAGACGACUUCUGGACAGCACUGGGACAAAAGGACAGGAAGGCCUAUGACUGCAUGCUGCAAGAUCCAGGAAAGUAUAACUUCACGCCUCGCCUCUUCCACCUGAGUGCCUCCUCUGGGAGUUUCCAGGCCGAGGAGCUCCAGAGUCCGAUGCAGAUGCCGGGGCUUGUGAUGGCAAUGCCUUUUGUCCAGGAGAGCCUGUACAGUGUACCACAACCAGCUUUGUUCCUUCUUGACAACCGUCUGGAGGUCUACUUGUGGCAGAGAGGUCAGCCUGAGCAGACUGAGAGCUCCUCAGCCUGGAGACUCUGGCAUCAUGAGAGGAAGUGUGCCAUGCAGACAGUGCUGCAGUACUGCAAAGAAAAAAACCAGAGAAGGCCGCCACAUGCAUAUCUCAUCCUCGAGGGGGCCGAGCCUCUCACCUUCACUAAUGUCUUCCCGCGCUGGGAGAAAAGCCUUGAACCUCAUGCACAGGGUGAUACAGGGCGAGCGAAGCUGACCUUGGUGCAGGACGCCCUGGCCCAGCUCAUGAAGACCCAGUAUCCUCUGGAGGAGCUGCUGCGGAGCCCCCUUCCUGAAGGAGUGGACCCCCAGUGCCUGGAGGUCUACCUGUCCAACGAGGACUUUCAGACUAUUUUGGAAAUGAAGAGAGAUGAAUAUGCCUCCCUCCCAAGCUGGAAGCAAAUUGAUCUGAAGAAGAGCAAAGGGCUGUUUUGUUAGACAAUGAAAUAAACUGGAGGCUGACUGAUGCUCUGACAGCAGAGACUUCCUUGUCUGCUGCGAAAGGAAAAUGGCAUGGGGG